AUGCCAGAAGCCUCGUCCGUCGAUACUGACUCGCCUACCAAGUCGGAGUGUCUGGAGCUGUUCCGCUUCCUGAAGAACAAGGACGAGCUCUCGCGCUCUUGUAAGGAGAUCAUGCAGAUGAUCACGGCCAACGACAAGGGCGUCAUGGAAAACGAUCCACUGAACACACACGGCAGCAGAAGAACUCGCGGCGGGAUAAGUCACGCUGCGCUACAGCGCCGCUUCACGGGCAAGAUGUCGGGCGGCAGUCUCUCGGGGUAA